AGUCGACCCGGAAGUAGUUGUCGAGUUCAGGAUUCUGUACGUGCUGCAUGCUGGGGGGUGAUGUGGAGGCCGAGCGAUGGCGGGACGCUGCAAGACCCAGACGUUACAGGUGAUUGAUACGGAGUACAGCGCGGACGCGGUGGAGUGGUGCCCGCUGGAUGACUGGGGGACGGUGCUGGCCUGCGGGACGUAUCAGCUGAAGAAACCAGAACCUGACGUCAGCGGAGAGGACAGCGACAACCCACACCUGCGGCUGGGCCGCCUUCUCCUCUAUCACUACAACCCCCAGCAGUUCUUUUCUCCAGUGACCGAGGUUCAGAAGAUAGAGACAGCCGCCAUACUGGACAUGAAGUGGUGCCACGUUCCGCUCUCUGAGAGCCCCGUUCUGGGUGUCGCCAAUGCCAAGGGCGUCCUGGAGCUGUAUAGAUUACAAGGCCAAAAGGAAAGCUCCAGAGUGCAGCCCGUGUGCAGCGCGGAUUUGGGUGACGAGUGCCUGGCUCUAUCCCUUGACUGGUCCACAGGAAGGAGAGAGAGCACUUCUCCUGUGAAGAUCAUCUGCAGCGACUCUCGGGGCAGGCUCAGCCUUCUGCACGUGGAAGAGUCGGCGGCGUCCGUGGACGUCACGUGUCAGUGGAAGGCACACGACUUCGAGGCCUGGAUCGCCGCCUUCAACUACUGGAACUGUGACAUCAUCUACUCAGGGGGAGAUGACUGUCUGCUGAGAGGAUGGGACACCAGAGCGACACCGGACAUCCCAGUAUUUACCAGCAAAAGGCAUUCAAUGGGAGUGUGCAGCAUCCAGAGUAACCCUCAUCGGGAACAUGUUUUGGCUACGGGAAGUUAUGACGAGCACGUUCUUGUGUGGGACUUAAGGCAAAUGAAGCAACCGACAUCCGACACCCAUGUACAGGGAGGAGUCUGGCGGCUGAAGUGGCACCCCACAGACAGCGCCCUCCUGCUGGCCGCUUGUAUGCACAGUGGCUUCCACAUCCUGGACUCCGGCUCCGGUGGUUGCCCCAUCCUGUCUUCGUAUGUCCUCCACAACUCCUUGGCCUACGGAGCCGAUUGGUCCAGAGCGUUACUUCCGGAUGCCUCCGUGCCCAGUCCAGAACUGGAGUCCUUAAAGGCGGUGGAGUCGGAUCCUGUCGGCAGUCAGAAGCUGGCGCAAUCCAUGCAGAACCUGAAAAUCUUCUACGAGUCGCCCACCGCCAGCUUCGACGUCGUCCUGGAGGACGACUCUGGAGGAUACGUGCCGGAACCGAGCGGAACGACCGACGACCGUCCGGUCACUGGGGUCCCCGGACAAGCGCAGACUGACCUGCUGGCCACGUGCUCCUUUUAUGACCACGUUUUACAUGUCUGGCGGUGGGAAUCCCAGAGACUAAACCCUGCGGAGUGACCGUCUACUGCCGCUCACCGGUCGUUACAAUGGUCUACCUCCUGAGGUCUCCUUAAAGAAAAAAACGUAAAUCAGGACCCUGCACAGAAAUCAGCAAUAAUGAUACUUGCCUCCAUGGACGAGAGCGCCAUCCGAUUGCAUGACAAGUAACAUCGGAGGCCGUAUACCAGCAGCCGUUACUGGCGAUAUUCCAAGCACCCAGCAGCAUCCGGUCGUGUGUAUAUAUAUGAAUUUUUUUUAAGAAAAAUAAAUAAAUGUUCCUCUGUCCAUGAAACCCUGAGCCGUGGACGGGUCUCAUACAUGAAGGUUCAAGGGGGUUACCACCAGUGGUCCAGUACCCCUGGAUAGAAGACCUCAGGCAGACAGCCUUUGGGUGGAUUCACAUGUGGCUUAAUUUUAAGCCACGGACAAAUACACCAUAAAAUUUUACGCCACGAGUGGCUCAAGAGCUGUUGAUUUUCCCGUAGGGAAAUUGUGUGUAGAAAAGCUAAGUGGAUGAGAUUGAAAUUAAUUUUCCCCAUGACCCAGGGGGCACCCGCAAACCAACCUUAAAGGGAUUUUCCUGGAGUUCCGUAUUGAUGAUCUAUCCUCGGUCAGUCAAUAUCUGAUUUUGGGGGGGGGGGAUUCAGAGACUGUUCAAUAACAACGUGGUGCCCGUAAACCAAUCCAUCAAAAGCUGUAAAAGCCAUAUGGCGCUCCUUCCCUUUUGAGUCCUGCGGUGUGCCCCCACAGCAGUUUACCACCACAUAUGGAGUGUUGCUGUAUUAAGGAGAAAAUAAGUAAUGGCUUUUUCUCCUGUUUACCCCUGUGAAAAUAAAAAAAAUUGGGGCUAAAGCAAUAUUUUAUUGGAAGAAAUGAAAUGUUUCAUUUGCACAGCCAAGUGUUUCUAAAUUCUAUAAACGCCUGUGGGGUCAAAAUGCUGAGUACACCCCUUAAUACAUUUCUUGGAGGGGUGGUUUCCAAAAUGGGGUCACUUUUGGGGCAUUCCACUGUAGGGGUAACUCAGGGUCUCUUCAGAUACAACAUGGCGCUCAAAAAGACAUUUCAACAAAAUCUGCCCUCCAAAAACCAUAUGGCACUCCUUCCCUUCUGACCACUGCCACGUGCCCAUACAGCAGUUUACGACCACGUGUGCGGUGUUCCUGUAAACGGCAGAAUCAGAGUCAUGCAUAUUGAGGUUUAUUUUGCUGUGAACCCUUGCUGUGUUGCAAGAAAAAAAAAAAGA